AUUUUUGGAUAUUUUUUUUGAUUUGGCAUUAUUCAACAAGAAAAAAAAUUUCGACAAAUUCCUUUUUUUUUGAAAAUUAUGUGAUAAUUAUGAGAACCAAUCCUACUACUUCGCGUCCCGGGAUUUCCACAAUUGAAGAAAAAAGCGUAGGGCGUAUUGAUCAAAUUAUUGGACCCGUGCUGGAUAUCACUUUUCCCCCGGGCAAGUUGCCUUAUAUUUAUAAUGCUUUGAUAGUCAAGAGUCGAGACACUGCCGAUAAGCAAAUUAAUGUGACUUGUGAGGUACAACAAUUAUUAGGAAAUAAUCGAGUUAGAGCUGUGGCUAUGAGUGCUACAGAGGGGUUGAUGAGAGGAAUGGAAGUGAUUGACACGGGAACUCCUCUCAGUGUUCCAGUCGGUGGAGCUACUCUCGGACGAAUUUUUAACGUUCUUGGGGAGCCUAUUGACAAUUUGGGUCCUGUGGAUACUAGUGCAACAUUUCCUAUUCAUAGAUCUGCGCCUGCCUUUAUCGAGUUAGAUACGAAAUUAUCUAUCUUUGAAACAGGUAUUAAGGUGGUCGAUCUUUUAGCUCCCUAUCGACGUGGAGGAAAAAUCGGACUGUUUGGGGGGGCAGGAGUAGGUAAAACAGUACUCAUCAUGGAAUUAAUCAAUAACAUUGCUAAAGCUCAUGGAGGCGUAUCCGUAUUUGGCGGAGUAGGGGAACGGACUCGUGAAGGAAAUGAUCUUUAUAUGGAAAUGAAGGAAUCCGGAGUAAUUAAUGAAAAAAAUAUUGAGGAAUCAAAGGUAGCUCUAGUCUAUGGCCAAAUGAAUGAACCGCCGGGAGCUCGUAUGAGAGUUGGUUUAACUGCCCUAACUAUGGCAGAAUAUUUCCGAGAUGUUAAUAAGCAAGACGUGCUUUUAUUCAUCGAUAAUAUCUUUCGUUUUGUUCAAGCAGGAUCGGAAGUAUCCGCCUUAUUAGGCAGAAUGCCCUCCGCAGUGGGUUAUCAACCUACCCUUAGUACAGAAAUGGGUUCUUUGCAAGAAAGAAUUACUUCUACCAAAAAGGGAUCUAUAACUUCGAUCCAAGCAGUUUAUGUACCUGCAGACGAUUUGACCGACCCUGCUCCUGCCACAACAUUUGCACAUUUGGACGCUACUACCGUACUUUCCAGAGGAUUAGCUUCCAAGGGUAUUUAUCCCGCAGUGGAUCCUUUAGAUUCAACCUCAACUAUGUUACAGCCUCGGAUUGUUGGCAACGAACAUUAUGAAACUGCGCAAAGAGUUAAGGAAACUUUACAACGUUACAAAGAACUUCAGGACAUUAUCGCAAUUCUUGGAUUGGAUGAAUUAUCGGAGGAGGAUCGUUUAACUGUAGCAAGAGCACGAAAAAUCGAGCGGUUCUUAUCACAACCGUUCUUUGUGGCAGAAGUUUUUACCGGUUCUCCAGGAAAGUAUGUUGGUCUUGCAGAAACAAUUAGGGGAUUUCAACUAAUCCUUUCCGGAGAAUUAGACGGCCUACCCGAACAGGCUUUUUAUUUAGUGGGGAACAUCGAUGAAGCUAGCACGAAAGCUAUAAACUUAGAAGAGGAGAGCAAAUUGAAGAAAUGAAAUUAAAUCUUUAUGUACUGACUCCUAAACGAAUUAUUUGGGAUUGUGAAGUGAAAGAAAUCAUUUUAUCUACUAAUAGUGGCCAAAUUGGUGUAUUACCAAACCACGCCCCCAUUAACACAGCUGUAGAUAUGGGUCCUUUGAGAAUACGCCUCCUGAACGACCAAUGGUUAACGGCGGUUCUGUGGAGUGGUUUUGCAAGAAUAGUUAAUAAUGAGAUCAUCAUUUUAGGAAAUGAUGCAGAACUGGGUAGUGACAUUGAUCCAGAAGAAGCUCAACAGGCACUUGAAAUAGCCGAAGCUAACUUGAGUAAAGCUGAAGGUACGAAAGAAUUGGUUGAAGCGAAGCUAGCUCUCAGACGAGCUAGGAUACGAGUCGAGGCUGUCAAUUGGAUUCCCCCAUCCAAUUGAAGACAAUCCAAAGAUUUCGUUGAUACAAAGAAAAAGGAAAGAAGGGUAGAAAAAGUUAUUAGAUAGCGAAGCGAAGUAAGUCCAAUGCUAUCUAGUAAUUUUUCUACCUACCUACCUACUAUUGGAUUUGAACCAAUGACUCCCGCCGUAUGAAAGCAAUACUCUAACCACUGAGUUAAGUAGGCAAUUUAUCACCACAAAAGAAGCCCCAUUACUUCGAUCGAUUAUAGAUUGAAUCCUUUUUAUAAGCAAUACCGCUCCGUUAUUGGUAUGUUUAUGUUAUAUAGUAAAACGGAUCAAAGGGAUAUCCUCUGGCAUUAGAGAAUAUUCAUCUUGACAAGAAAUUAUCUAUAUGUUAAGAUAUCUCUGACAAGGGCUAUAGCUCAGUUCGGUAGAGCAACUCGUUUACACGUGCGCCAAUGCUUUUCAAGGGAACUUUUUAUGCAAUGAACAUAAUUGACCUUGUUGCAAAAUCAAUGUCUUACUUCAUGGAUUCGAAAGAAUAGAAGAACAGUAGCCUGACAAUGACAAACAGCUGGUUCAGUCCGAUUCAGGUGCCAAUUAAGGUGCUUACUCAAAUAGAACUCCUAUUGAUUUGCUAGUUGAUAAGGUAAAUAUCCAGCCCACUCAAUGCUAGGCGUAAUGAGGAUAAGGGCCUCCAAAAAACUUCUUUUCGUUCUAUGAACUUUAAGGUGUAUGAAGUCUCAUAGUAAACUCUUGCAGCGGAACGAUAGAGACUCCAUUUCACUUAGGUUGAUUUAAUUUAGGCCGGAGGCAGACCUAAGUCAAGGUAAUCCUCCUUUGAAACACUUUGGUAUUGUUCCUAGAUAGAUCAUAAGACAAAUAAUCAAUCAGAGCACAGGGAGCCAUCUUAUUAUCUUUCCCUAAAGAAAAACUAUGGCGAAUUAACUGAUCUUUACAUUAGUUGAUGAAAGAGCCCAAUGCAGAAAAAUGCAUGUUGGGUCUUUGAAACAGUUCGAAUCAUUUCGAUAAUAAUCUGUUUGAUCUGUUUUACCGAGAAGGUCUACGGUUCGAAUCCGUAUAGCCCUAAUAUAUACGUCUUUUUUCCAUUUUAGGAUGGAUAUCUUAUGUUUCCUUUAGUAUAGUUUUCUUUUCCUUAUUUAGUACUUGUUUAUAGACUCGACGGUCGAUUGCGCCAUAGAAUAGAGAUAAAAGCAUUACCAUAGGCUCAUUCAUCGAAACGCAAAUCAGAGAGACAGGAAAAGAAAAAAGAAUUUUGAUCAAAUCAAUAGAAGGAAGGAUCCCUUACCUGAUUUGAAUUUCAUCCUCCUUUAAAUAGGAUAUGCUCUAAGUCUUCCCAUACUUUCCUAUAAUGACUGCAACGAUUUUCUCCAUUUUGCGAAUUCCUAUUUUAUUUGAAGUAUAUUACUAUCAUAUACAUUAUCUAAAUCGAUCCACUUUAAAUAAAAUAGAAAAAAUCGAAAGAAAAAAAAAAAGAAAGAGUAAAUAAUAAAACAGGAUAUUCUGUUUCAUAAUUCUGAAAUAGAGUUCUUUUUUUAGUAUUACUCCUCAUUAGGAUGUAUAUAUUAAUCAUCCUAUUUUAAUAUAUAUUAAUCAUCCUAUUUUAAUUAGGUUCUAAUCCAAUUAGUAGUAAGUAUUUUCUUUUUUAUUUAAUAGUCUCUGACUAUCAUUAAAUAAAGGGUAGAGCAAUUCUUUUUUCUAGAGAUUCUAGAGAAAGUGAGACAAAGUGAAGCGAAAGAGUUUUCUUUGUAUAAGAAUUAGGUCUAUAUCAUAUCUAAAUAGAAGGGAAAUCAAAAAGAAGGGAAGUGGGGAUUACAUUGGAUGAAUCCUUAAGGAAGACAUAUCACAAAAGAAAUAAAGGCUAAAGUAAGCGCUCCUUGCCUUUGGUUUGAGCAAAACAGAUUCUUGUUUCACCGAGGAAAAGAGAGAAGUUCUGGAUAAAUUGACAAUGUCAACUUGAAUUGACUAAUUCAGUUCCGCCUAUUCCACAUUAAUGGGAGUACAUUUAUGUUUCUGCUUCACGAAUAUGAUAUUUUUUGGACAUUUCUAAUAAUAGCAAGCCUUAUUCCUAUUUUGGUAUUUUGGAUUUCAGGACUUUUAGCCCCGGUUAGUGAAGGACCAGAGAAGCUUUCUAGUUAUGAAUCGGGUAUAGAACCCAUGGGGGGGGCUUGGUUACAAUUCCGAAUACGCUAUUACAUGUUUGCGCUAGUUUUUGUUGUUUUUGAUGUGGAAACAGUCUUUCUCUACCCUUGGGCAAUGAGUUUCGACGUAUUGGGUGUAUCCGUUUUUAUCGAAGCUUUCAUUUUUGUGCUUAUCCUAGUUGUUGGUUUAGUUUAUGCAUGGCGAAAAGGAGCCUUGGAAUGGUCUUAACUGAAUAUUCAGAAAAAAAAAAAAAAGAAGGAAAAGAUUCCAUUGAGACAAUUAUGAGUUUGAUUGAGUUUCCGUUACUCGACCAAACAAGUUCCAAUUCCGUUAUUUCAACUACACCAAACGAUCUUUCAAAUUGGUCAAGACUCUCAAGUUUAUGGCCCCUUCUAUAUGGUACCAGUUGUUGUUUCAUUGAAUUUGCUUCAUUAAUAGGCUCACGAUUCGACUUUGAUCGUUAUGGAUUGGUACCAAGAUCAAGUCCUAGACAAGCGGACCUAAUUUUAACAGCUGGUACGGUAACAAUGAAAAUGGCUCCAUCUUUAGUGCGAUUAUAUGAGCAAAUGCCUGAACCGAAAUACGUCAUUGCUAUGGGAGCCUGUACUAUUACAGGGGGCAUGUUCAGUACAGAUUCCUAUAGUACUGUUCGAGGA